ACAACUGGACCUUACUGCUCUGUCAGAACAGCGGAUAUAUGACUUUUCAUUUUGGAUUUAACAUCUAGAAACCUCUCUUUUUUUUUGUGUGUGUCACCUUUUUCUGCGUUAUAUUUCAAAGGAUAACAUGGAAGUGUGGUGAAGUUUUCUCCAACAUGUUGAUCACAAAGAUUGAAGCCAAGGAGGCCUGCGAUUGGCUGAGAGCAGCCGGCUUCCCUCAGUAUGUGCAAUUAUUCAAAGACUCCAGGUUCCCCAUUGACAUCGAGUGGGCGAAGAGCGAUCACCACUUCCUGGAUAAGGACGCUCUCGAGUCGCUCUGCAGGAGGUUAAGCACUUUAAACAAAUGCGUGGAGAUGCGACUGGAGCCGAGGAGAUCAAAGCGCAGGGCACAGGACUGCGACGAGGAGGACUCAUGUGCCAUCAGCCCCAAAUGGACCUACGACAGGCGGACGCGACGCUGGCGGCGCCUCAACUCAGAGCUGGACUUCCUGCCCUCGCCUGACAGCCCCACCGGGCCGCGGAACACGUCUCUGUGCGAUGUCAGCGACCACCACGACGUCUGCUCCAUCCACAGCUCCAGCAGCACCGAGAGCGAAGGCCAUGACGGCCGCCACAAGAGCCACAGGGGCCCCGUGACCAUCACCAAUGCCACCAGCACCACCGCCACCGCCAUCAGCACUGCAGACGAGCAGGAGACCAGCAGGAGCUCCUCCCGCUGCUCCUCCACAAAUAAGCCGCCUUCCCUGGACACCUCGUUCAGCGGACCCCCCUCCCCAGGUGGAAGCGGCGGAGGAUCGUCGACGCUCAGCCUGGAGGCCGAGCGAUGCUUCCCAGACAAGCCACCCAGGAAGAAGGGCCCCAGUCUGCUGAGGAAGAUGGAGAAGCUGAGGCUGAGGGGGACAUCCACCCUCCCCAUCCCCACCCACAGCAGUCCCGCUAGCAACCAGGCUCGGCUGGUGAUCAGUGAGCCACUUCUGGCCCAGGACAGGCCCACAGAGGAGGACAGGCUGGGGAGGCUGCAGUGCUCCACAAGCCUGCAGGACAGGACCAGCAGCCAGGCGUCUUCGCUGCCCUCGUCGCCCCACACCGUCAGCAGCAGCAGCAGCAACAGCGCCUCAGAGAGCAGCAGCACCGUCAGCACGCCCAGCCCCGUCACCCGGGUCAGGAGCAACUGCAAACGGGCCAACAGCAGCGUGGGGGUUGGCGGUGGGACGUCCCACAACAACCAGACCCAUCAGAGCCAGACAGGCACAGAGGACUACAGGAACCAGAUCAACAACAACAACAACAGCAGACACGACUGUCUGGUCUUCCAGAUCCCACAUGGACACAAACCUGGGACCUUCCCCACCUCCCUCACCCACAAAAACACUGUCCUCUCCCCUAGCAUCGACAGCACCUCCAUCAACUGGAGGACAGGAAGCUUCCAUGGGUACCGAGGGCGACACAGCUCCCGCCGCAGCGCACCAUCUCCAGCGACUGACAACCUGGACUCCUCUUCUUCCACAUCCCGUGAUGUCAGCGGCGUGCACGGCCCCCUAUCCGAGGUGGACCACCGGGCCAGCAUCUAUGACAACGUGCCCGACCAGCAGCUCUUUAAGAGCGAAGGCGGCAGCGGCGGAAGUGGAAGCGAUGCAGAGCGGACGAGUGAGGAGAUAGAGGUGAGUCAGCUGGUGACGGAGGAGGACAUGUUCGCUGCUCUGGACAGCGUCAUGGAAAAGAUUAGCAACCUCCAACAGCUGGUCUCCUCCUGGUCCGAAAACCUCUCAGAGGACGACUGUCAAAGAGGCUCCUCGUCUUCCUCCUCCUCCUCCUCCUCCUCCUCCUCCACAGCCUCGUCCUCCUCUUCUACCUCCAGGGACUCCCCUGCUCAGGGGUCCUCGGCCGCCUCCCCCUGCCUGUCCUCGCCCAGUCACAUCCACCUGGAGGUCCAGAGUCCGGAGGAGACCGAGGAGGACACAGAGACCUGCGAGAAGGUCUCAGUGGAAGGAGAAGAGCUGAAGACCAGAUCAACACAACCGGGAAGCAGGGUGAGCCAGCAGCUGCACUGGUCCAGCGAGCAGAGCCUCCCCUCGCUGCCUACCUGUCCCGGAGUGGAGAGCCAGUCUGUGUCCCAGUUCCUGCUGCUGCAGAAACUCUGCCUCCUCAAACUCACCGCGCUGAUGGACAGAUACUCUCCAUCCAGCAAGCAGGGCUGGAACUGGACUGUUCCCAAACCGCUGAGGAAGGCCAAGGCGUCGGAGGUGAAGGGCCGGCGGGUUUUCGGGGUUCCCCUCCUGGUCAGCGUGCAGCAGAGCGGGGAGCCGCUCCCUCCCAGCAUCCUCAGAGCUCUGGUCUACCUGAGGAGCGAGUGUCUGGACCAGGUGGGUCUUUUCCGGAAGUCGGGGGUGAAGUCUCGCAUCCAGUACCUGCGCGAGCUGGUGGAGGCGGAUCCAGACGGCGUCUCCUACGACAGCCAGUCUGCGUUCGACGUGGCCGACAUGGUGAAGCAGUACUUCAGAGACCUGCCCGAACCCAUCUUCACCAGCCGGCUGUGCGAGUCCUUCCUGCACAUCUACCAGUAUUUCCCCAAAGACCAGCAGCUGGUGGCGGCUCAGGCGGCCAUCUUGCUGCUCCCUGACGAGAACAGGGAGGCGCUGCGGACCCUGCUCUUCUUCCUGCGCGACGUCGUCGCCUGCGUGGACGAGAACCAGAUGACCCCCACCAACAUCGCCGUCUGCCUGGCACCGUCGCUCUUCCACCUCAACACCCUGAAGAGGGACGCCAACGCUCCCAGGUCGACGCACAGGAAGUACAGCCUGGGCCGUCCCGACCAGAAGGACCUGAGUGAGAACCUGGCUGCCACGCAGGGCCUGGCCAGCAUGGUGACCGAGGCCGUGCGCCUCUUCCAGCUUCCAGAGUUUUGGCCGGGCCAUCAUCUCAGUGCCGCCGGCCCCGGUGAGGACACCCUCUGUGUGGAGGGAGGAGGCCCGGUGACCCCCCUCCAGAGCGGAGCAGAGGAGGAGCUGGAGGAGAGGAGGAGCCGGCUGGAGCUGAACACCCAGCAGCUCCUGAAGGAGGCCAGAGAGAAGAGCAGAGGCUGGCACGGCCACUCCGCUCCAGAGAGCGUGGAGCUGGCUUACAAGAAGGUAGACGACGGCUGUCCGCUGUGGCUGUGGCGAGGCGGCGUGGAGGUCGACGCCCCCCAGAAGGAGCUGCUGCACCGGCUGCUGAGGGAGCCGGCGGCGUGGGAGGGAGAGCUCCGGCAGGCCGCCGUCGUCCAGAGCCUGUCCAAGGACGCCGACGUCUACCGCUGCGUCCUGCAGGGCCACAGCCACGGCCUGGGCUGCUGGCCGCCCCACGAGCACCUGCUGCUCAGGAUCUGGCAGUCCGACCCCUCACUCGGCCCUCUGUACCUGUCCUCUGUCUCCACGGAGCACCCCGAGGUCCCGGUGGAGGGGCCGAGGGCCCACGUCCACUCCUGCCUCUACCUGCUGGAGCCCCUGGGCGCCAGGAAGACUCGACUGACGCACCUCUGCCGCACUGACACCAGGGGUCGAUCGCGGGAGUGGCACAGCAAAGUGAGCGGACAUCUGCUGGCCUCCAAGCUGCUGGCGAUCAGAGACUCCUUCCGACCCGACCACAGAGAGACCAAGAUAUGACACGCUCAAGAAUUCAAGUUGAUCUGCUUUGGACAGCCUCCUGGCCGUGCUCCCUCUCUGGUUUCCCACGUUCAGAUUUUGCUCAGCGAGGAAAAUGUGGCACUGAGCCGGAAUAGUCGGCCGGUUCAAUGACGUCCCCUUUCCACCUCGCAGCACACAGCUAAAGACAGAGGACUAUUAUUGCAGGACUUUUUCCACAAGUUUCAAACCGAAACUUGCGACCCAGAGCUCAGUAUGCAGGGAAGGUGAUCUUUGAGGUGUACGUGCCUCCCGUGGCCCCGUGGAGUUCUGUGCUCGGAUUUGGAGUCGUGCGUUCGCCUUCUGUCGGUGACCUUGGAAGGGAGCGAGCAGCACCCCUGCAGCGCCUGCUGGGCCCCCUACACUUCACACUCAAGUUCACACAAAAAUGCUAACGAUGGCGGGUCUUUUGCAAAGGACUUUUUGAUGUGCCUGCGAAAAGCUCACGCUCCCACGGCCCAUGACGUGACUCCUAACUUAGGAAUAUAUCAGUGAAUGAUUUGGCGAAAUACAUCAAGUGGUGUAGCGGACAGUUCGACUGAUACCUGCCUUCACUCUGUGCCAAAAAAAUGUGUUGUUACCAGGGAGGAAAAACAUAUUUGAGGUUAAAAUAAGAGCAUCCUUGACCGUUAAUUCAGCCCCCGGGCCGUAGAAAGAGCCAGGAAAACAAUUGGCAGCUCAUCUGGAAGAGUGUAGGAAGGCAGGACAGGAAACAGACAUUUAGCCUCCAGACAUUCAGCCUCAGUGCAGAAAGAGGAGAGACUGAGACGGUUAGAAAUUUUGGAGGACCAUAGCGGUCAUCUCCAAACUAGCCGAACAAAGAAAAGUCAAAACCAGAAGGUGUGUUUUUAUGUCCAGAAAUAGCUGCCCUGAUAAUCUUAUGGUACAGCAACGCAUUAGUCUUGAACCUUGUAUAUGACUUAAUGACACUGUCUGGGCAGGAAAACCCACAAACAGAAUUUUAUUUAGGAGUAAAGACGCUUGUUUCCCCUGCAGUCGUACAGAAAGUAGGAUAAAUGAGCCGUGGUUGGACACCGCCGAAGCCGGGCGAUCGGGGUCGCCUAAAACCCCUGACCUGAUGGAAUUUCAAUCAAAGGGAAACCACACAAGGAUAAAACUUUUUUUCUGAUGGGUUGCUCCCGUGGAAAUGACACACACGCUGAGGAUCAGAGGGGGAACAGGGGUUUCGUCGUCACGGCACCCCCAUGUUAUCGAAACCGAAGUUGGAGCCUCACUGCAAAAAGUCAAAAUCUUACCAAGAGUGUUUGUCUUAUUUCAAGUCAAAAAUGUCUUAUUUCUAGUCAAAAUAUCUCAUUACACUUAAAAUAAGAC